AUGGGCACACCGAAAGAUUCUAAAACAACCGAGCAGAUUCUAGCCAAUGAACCAUGGUAUCAUGGAUUGCUACCGAGGGAGGAUAUGAAACAGCUUCUCAAAGAGAAGGGCGACUUUCUGGUCAGGUUCACCGAUCCUAAAGUCGGCGAGCCGCGAAUGUUCGUAUUAUCGAUAUUCGUAUGCGAUCCUCACGACGAUGGUGUAAGUAUACGUCAUUACGUGUUUCGACAAGUUCAGGGAAAGUUCGCUCUCGAUGAAAAAUGGUUUGACAGCAUAGCCGAUCUUCUAAACUAUCACAUGCGCACAAAAGAGCCUGUUGCGUCGAAAGCUCCCGACACUGUAUUGAUGAGGCCAGUUGGACGUGAGCCAUGGGAACGGCAGCACAGCGAUGUGACAAUGACAAAAGUGCUGGGCGAAGGGGCGUUUGGCGAAGUGCACAUGGGCGAAGUUAAAUUGGGGAAAAAGACGAGAAAAGCGGCAAUAAAAUUAGCGAAAUUAGAAAGUCUUACAAAGGAACAAAUCAAGGAAAUAAUGCAUGAAGCUCGUCUGAUGCGCAGAUUUCAUCAUCCAAAUGUAGUCCGUUUUUAUGGAGUCGCUGCCGGACAAGAACCCCUUAUGGUUAUAAUGGAACUGGCUGAUAACGGAGCUCUUGAUUCGUAUCUCAAAAAAAAUGGUCCAAAUCUGCCUAUCGAGAAAAAGCACGAGAUGAUUCAACAAGCUGCUGCAGGAUUGGAUUAUCUACAUGGAUUGACUGUUAUCCAUCGAGAUAUUGCUGCAAGGAAUUGUCUGUAUGGAGAAGGGCAAGUGAAAAUAUCAGAUUUCGGUUUAUCCAGAGAUGGGUCAAUGUACAAACUAAAUCCACACAAGAAAAUUCCAAUCCGCUGGCUCGCUCCCGAAGUCCCCCGAACGGGUUAUUAUACAUUUAAAACCGACGUUUUUGCAUAUGGAAUAAUGUGCUGGGAGGUUUAUCAUGACGGCGAGGAGCCGUAUUCGGGAAUGAUGGUCGCCGAAGUACUACCGAAAGUGCAGGAAGGAUACAGAAUGCCUUUCAAAUCUGAAGUUCCGAAAGAUGUGGUGGAGUAUAUUACUAAUCGCGUAUGCGCUGGUGAGGAUUCAGAGCGUGUCACAAUGACAAACGUUGUCCAGGAUUUACCAAAAAUAACUGGUGUAGAAUUGACAAAGCCGGUAGAUGAUGAUUAUUUUUCGAUUCCGAAUUCUAAAACCAUGGAAGAAGUUACUCCAAUAGUUGAAAUUCUUCCGGCAAUGAGUUAUCCGGUGCCACCGCCAAUUAGAGAAUCACAACAUCCCAGUGCGGAAGUGACGUGCACUGAAAACGUUGAACAGCUGACGACUGGUCCAACGACAACGACCACCAGAAAACUAUCAAGAGAAAAAUUGUCACGUGAAGCACUAACAAGAACGUCAAAGAAUGACUACAGUAACAGGCCGCCGAAAAAAUUCAAAAUCAAUGAGCAACUCGAUGGAGCAAAGGAUUAA